AUGAGCGCGGCCACCCCGUCUCAGGGUCAAAUACACGUCAAGCUCAUCGAAGCCCGUGGGCUCAACGUGCGCUCGUCGCAAUCGCGGCCGUACGUCGUUGUCCAGUUCGAGCAAAACGAGUUUGUCAGCCGCGAGCCGACCGACGAGAUGGCUUCGGAGGUCAAGGGUGUCCCAACCGUCUCGCGCACGAGUUCGUCUACAGCUAUUUCUGCGCUCGGUGCACUUGCUGGCAGGAGUAGCUCUGCCCAUGGCGGCACAGCAGGCUCGCCAACCUCACAUAACGGUGCGCUCAAGCCAAGCGGUGUAGCGAACGGAUUGUUUGGCUCGCGCAUAUCAGCUCAGAAUCCGGUGUGGAAGCACGAGGUGACCUUCGAUGUUACAUCAGAUAUGUCUAUGAUCACGGUCAACGUGUACGACCGGUCUGUGAGCGACCCGGGGUUCCUGGGCACCACGCAGAUCAAGCCUGUACUCAGACACGACCACGAAGUGGACCAGUGGUACAAGCUGCUUCCAUUCGACAAUGAGCCGGUGAGUGGGGAAAUCCGCAUCCAGGUCACGUUCGAGGCGAACAAGACCAAGCGUGCCCUCACCCCGCGCGACUUCGAGUUCCUCAAACUCAUUGGUCGCGGUACGUUCGGAAAGGUCUUCCAGGUCCGCAAGAAGGACACGAAACGCAUAUACGCGAUGAAGGUACUCUCGAAGCGUGAGAUCAUCGCGAAGAAGGAAGUUGCGCACACCAUCGGCGAGCGCAAGAUCCUCCAGCGUUCGCUCGACAGCCCGUUCCUGGUCGGCCUGAAGUUCAGCUUCCAGACAGAUACAGAUCUGUACCUCAUCACCGACUUCAAGAGUGGAGGAGAGCUAUUCUGGCAUCUCCAAAGAGAAACAAGAUUCAGCGAGGAGCGGGCAAGAUUCUAUAUUGCAGAACUAGUCUUGGCGCUGGAGCACCUCCAUAAAUAUGACAUUGUGUAUCGAGAUCUCAAGCCAGAGAAUAUUCUGCUAGAUGCGACAGGGCACGUCGCACUCUGCGAUUUCGGUCUUUCGAAACCGGAUCUGCGAUCGGACGAGCUAACAAACACGUUCUGUGGCACAACAGAGUACCUCGCGCCAGAAGUAUUGCUCGACGAGCAUGGCUACUCGAAGCUCGUUGAUUUCUGGAGCUUAGGUGUCCUGUUGUUCGAGAUGUGCUGUGGAUGGAGUCCAUUCUAUGCGGAGGAUACCCAACAGAUGUACAAGAACAUAUGUUUUGGGAAGAUUCGAUUCCCAAGAGGUGUCAUCGGUGAGGAUGGAAAACAGUUUGUGAAGGGGCUCUUGAACCGGAAUCCGAGGCACCGACUCGGCGCUCAACGAGAUGCAGAGGAGCUCAAGGAGCACCCGUUCUUCAAGACGAUCGACUGGAAGGCGCUUGCGCUCAAGCAAGUCACACCGCCGUUCAAGCCGAGCGUCGAAUCCGACGAGUCCGUCGCCAACUUUGAUCCGGAGUUCACCUCCGCAGACGUGCGCGACGCGGGCCCCGACGAGAUCAUGAACCUCGACGAUGAGGACCCGUCGGGGGACUGGGUCGCGCUCUCGCAGAGCCUCACCGCAGGCUCACUGCACACGCCCAAUGGCCCUCUCGGGAGCGAUCGCCUCCCCGCAGCACCUGUACCAUCCGCGCCCGCGGGGAUCGAGAUCGCGAGCAAGAAGAAGAAGAAGCGCGAUACAGCGGAGAGCCCGCUGACGAGCAGCGUGCAGGAGAACUUCCGUGGGUUCACGUAUCACGGCGAGUCGGUCAUGCCGGCCGCAGCUGGCAUGCUUGCGGAGGCGCAGAACAUGGAAUCGCAGGCGGUAUCGCCACGCGAGGAGGAAGAGGAGGUUGAAGACGACCCGGCGGAUGAGACGCCUGCGGGCCGUUAUGCACGGAGAAGGAACGACAACCAGCUCGACGAGUUUGACGAGGACCUGCGUCUGUGA